UGGAAUCGAGGCUAGGCGUGUACAAUAAUACAUAAUAAUAAAAAAACGCGUAAAAAAAUAGUGAAAAAUUCCCCUGGGGAUCCCCCCGGCCUAAAGCUUAAUUUAUAUUAUUGGCGCAUGAUCACUUGAGAUAGAAUCCUUACACUCUUCUUUGGGCUUCUAAAUCACGUAGAAACUAGAUACAGAAUACUAGACACUAGCGAUGACUUGACUAGGUCUUGACUAGGUCUUGUUAGAUAAUUAUUAUUAUUUAAGAAUGCCGGUGAAUGAUCAUUUAGUUUCUGGAGACUUCAAGAAUCCAGCUCUCUUCACUAAGUACCGCUGCCCUCAAUGCACCCAUAUCCUGAAGAAUACUGUUCAGCUUAUUAACUGUGGCCAUUGGCUAUGCAAAAGUUGCGCUGAAUUUCUUGAUUCAGACAGCUCAACAAAGUGUCCAACGUUGGGCUGCCAUGCCCAUGGAGAUUUAAGGUACUCUCCAGAUUGGUGUGCGAGAAAGGAUAUUGAGAAGCUAGAGGUCACUUGCCCUCGUCGUGAAAAGGGAUGCACAUGGGAAGGCAAAUUAUCAAAUCUGGGAUCUCAUCAGAAGGAUGUCUGCAAGCUUCAAAACCCAUCCAUUUGUGGGGAAACCAUUAUUCAUGACGAAAUAGACACACCACUUGCUGACUGUACAAAAAUGAUGGAAAUGAAAAAUCAAAAAGAAAGUUCAUUGUCCCGCCAACAUGACUGUCAUGGGGAAUACAUAAAAUUUAAUGCACUAUUUAAUGAGAGUGCAGAAACGCGAAGUGCUAUUCAUUUUGAUGAAGAUCUCCCAAACCCUCAACCUGCAUCCACAAAUCAUUCCUUCAGACAUACAAAAACAGCUUUGUCAGUUGUUUUCGAAAGUGACAUCCACAUGGCGAGGGUUACUCAAAGUAUCUCAACAUCUAAACUUGAACAAAUCUGCAUUAAGAGAGACAUGUUAAGGGACCAAGUGGUGAGCUUGCAGGAGUCACAGAGUGAGACGGUCAAACAAAAUUAUCAACGGUUGAGAAGCGAGAGUGGUAACUAUGACGGGACCAUAUUAUGGAAGAUUAAGAACUUUAAAGUGAAACUGGCAGACGCACAAUCAGGCAAAUACACAUCCAUCUUCAGCCUUCCAUUCUACUCUGGACAAUAUGGCUACAAAAUGUGUCUUAAGUUGUACUUCAUGGGAGACGGUAUUGGAAAGAACACGCACAUGUCGCUGUUCUUUGUUAUCAUGAAGGGAGAGUUUGACAGCAUUCUCAAAUGGCCUUUCACAUCCAAGGUGACCUUCAAGCUGAUCAACCAGACAGGGAAUAGGGACAUCAUCGACACUUUCCAACCAGACCCCAUGAGCAGCUCUUUCCAAAAACCAAAGUCCGAUAUGAACAUUGUUUCGGGCUGUCCACAAUUUGUUACCCAUUCAGAAUUAAAUCUUGGUGGAUUUAUUGUCACCGAUACCGUGUUUAUCAAGUGUAUUGUUGACAAAUGUGCAUGAAGACAUAUUUUAAUUAAUUAUAGCUAUAUAAGUAUAAUUUAUUAUAUAUAUGUAUAUACGAUCUUCUUAUAAUGUUUUUUUUUAUGCCUUGGA